AAAUAUCAAUAAAGGGACAUAAAACCCAAAAUUUGUCUUUCAUGAUUCAGAUAGAAGUUUAAACCAAUUUCCAAAUAACUUCUAUUAUCAAAAUGUCUUUGUUUUCUUGUGAUCCUUUGUUUAAAAACAGGAUGGUAAGUUCAGGAAUGUGCACGUGUCUGCAGCACUCAAUGGCAGCAGUUUUGAAACAGAGCACUACAUGGCAGCGCUAUUUCCUGUCAUGUAGUGCCACAGGCAUGUGCACGCUACCUAUUUAGAUAUCUCUUCAACAAAAAAUAACAUGAGAACAAAGCAAAGUUGAUAAAAGAAGUCAAUUGGAUUUUUUUUUUUAAAUUGUAGUCUCCAUCUGAAUUAAUGUUAUGAACUUUUGACGCCCUAAAAUAUCAUUAAAACCCACGUUUGUUUGCACGUGCAAACAAAUGCUUGUGUCAUGACUGGUUUCAGUUUAACAUCAGAAUAAGACCUGUUUGCUCAGCUUGAAAUGCAUGAGUUCAAUAAAACAGCCGGCACACCUCUCCCUGACACUGUACAGACAGAUAUCACCUUGGCUACAAUCCACAUUAUCUCAGGCUCACCCACAAGGGCAUAGAUGACAGGUAUGUCAUUUCAUUGGGCUGUGCCUGGUAAAACUAAACCAGCUGCUUGACUGAAGAGCUGACACCCUAAUAUGGGUACGCUUGAGUGCACCUCCUUAUCUGUUACAUAUUCCAGGGUUUUCCAAAGUUUGGCCAAGUGAAAUAUCACAUGCACUCAUGACCUCAUGUCUGUGAUUACCAUCAAAACGUGUGACGUGAUAUAGAACAGGAAAUGGGACAUUGAGUGUUGAUGGCGGGAUGGCGUCUGGCGGAAGUGACAACACCCCAUCACAGCAUGCUAAUCGUCUCAUCAAAGAGAAGUCGCUCUACCUUCAGCAACAUGCACAUAAUCCUGUUGACUGGUUUCCUUGGGGUCAGGAAGCAUUUGAUAAGGCAGUCAGAGAAAUGAAGCCCAUAUUCCUGUCGGUGGGCUAUUCCACGUGCCACUGGUGCCAUGUAAUGGAAAGAGAGUCGUUUGAGAAUGAGGAGAUUGGACAGAUACUGAACGAGAACUUUGUCAGCGUGAAGGUGGAUCGCGAGGAACGCCCUGACGUAGAUAAGGUGUACAUGACCUUCCUGCAGGCCACAGGCAAUGGGGGAGGAUGGCCCAUGAGUGUGUGGUUGACCCCUGACCUUCGACCCUUUGUUGGGGGAACCUACUUUCCACCCCAUGAUGGCGUACGCAGAGUUGGGUUUCGAACAGUUCUCCUAAGAAUUGCAAAACAGUGGAAACAAAAUCGCACUUCGCUAUGUGAGAGAAGUGAGGGAAUCCUGGAUGCUCUACAGAGAAGCUGUGAUACACAGAGGGCGGGGGAGCCUCCUCCAUUCCUGCAGGUGCAGGACAGGUGUUUUAAGCAGCUAGAACACAUGUACGAUGAGGAAUAUGGUGGAUUUUCAGAGUUCCCUAAGUUCCCAACACCAGUGAAUCUUAGUUUUCUUUUCUGUUUCUGGGCACUAAAGAAGGGGGCUCCAGAAGCUGCUCAAGCACUGCACAUGGCAUUGCACACUCUAAAAAUGAUGAGCUAUGGUGGCAUUCAUGAUCACAUUGGGAAGGGUUUUCACAGAUACUCGACAGAUCAAACCUGGCAUGUUCCACAUUUUGAGAAGAUGUUGUAUGAUCAGGCACAGUUGGCAGUGUCAUACGCUGAAGCAUUUCAGAUAUCUGGAAAUGCACUGUUUGCUGAUGUUGCUCGUGACAUCCUACAGUAUGUGUCUGAACAUCUGAGUGAUGGUGAUGGUGGGUUCUACAGCGCAGAAGAUGCUGACUCAUUACCAAAAAAGGAGGCUCAGGAGAAAAAAGAAGGAGCCUUUGCUACUUGGCACGCAGAUGAAAUCCGCCACCUGCUUCCAGACAUUGAAGCCUCCGUUGGAAAAACCUGGGCGGACAUCUUCAUUCAGCAUUAUGGCGUGCGAGAAGAGGGCAACGUGUCCUCUAGCCAGGAUGUUCACGGAGAGCUCACAGGACGGAAUGUGCUAAUUGUAAGGUCCUCGCUGGAGUUCACUGCGGCUAAGUUUCACUUGGCACCUGAGCAAGUCCAGAGCAUCUUGAGCACAUGUCGGGAGCGACUGUACCACGCUCGCAAGCUGCGCCCAGCGCCUUUAUUGGACAACAAGAUUGUGGCAGCCUGGAAUGGUCUGAUGAUCUCUGGCUUUGCUCUCUGUGGUGUGAUUCUUGGCGAUUUUGAGUAUGUAAAGAGAGCGGAGCAUGCAGCAAGCUUUCUGCAUGGCCACAUGUACGACACAGACACCGGUACACUGUGGAGGAGCUGCUAUUGGUCAGGACCGGAAUCUAGCAGCAACUUGGUCCCUGGCUUUCUGGAUGAUUAUGCCUUUGUUAUACGGGGUAUGCUGGACCUGUAUGAGGCCUCCUUGGAUCCAAAGCACCUGGAAUGGGCAGUGCAGCUUCAGCACAAACAGGACAAUCUGUUCUGGGACCAAACUGGCUUUGGUUAUUUUUCUACAGAUGACAGUGACCCAAGUAUUGUUCUGCGGCUAAAAGAUGAUCAGGAUGGAGCUGAGCCCAGCGGUAAUUCAGUCUCUGUGGGAAAUCUCCUGCGACUAUCUUGUUACACGGGCCUGGAAAGAUGGGCGCAACAGUCGGGCCACAUCCUUGCAGCUUUUUCAGAACGACUGGAGAAGGUUCCAGCUGCUCUCCCAGAGAUGGUUCGAGGGGCAAUGAUUUAUCACAAAACAAUUAAACAGAUAAUCUUGUGUGGAGACCGUGGGGCACAGGACACUGAGGAUCUGCUACAAGCCACACACAGUUUACACAUCCCCAACAAGGUGCUAAUCCUUGCAGACGGGGACCAUAGCAGUUUCCUUUACCAUCAGUUACCAUUUAUGUCCACUCUGGAGCGGAAAGAUGGAAAAGCAACGGCCUAUGUAUGUGAGGGCAUGGCCCUGCUCCCUGCCAGUCUCCUCCCCCGCUGAGCUUCUCACUCUGCUGAGGAAACUGAGUUGCCCUGACCUCUUUGGAGCAGAAAGAUGGAAAGGCAACGG